UCUAGACAAAACCAUCAAUGCAAGCUAACUUAUCUCCCCCUUUUCUUGGUUUCUCUCACUAUAUUUCUAGAAAGAGAAGCUGAAUUUUUGUGUCAAAAAAUAAGAUCAGAAGACACCCUUUUGGGUGAAUUUUUGUUCUGAUUAAAGAGCCUUAAUAUGGUGGGAAUUUUUUCUAGAUUUUCUGUCAGCAGAGCUGGCCAUCGUCGAGCUCAAAGUGCACUUGAUGAAGCAGAAGUGUUGCCCCCAAAUACAGAGACAAUUGGUGCUGUUACUUUAGCUGGAGCUUCCUCUAUCAACCCUCAUGGUAUUGAAAUUGCAGUUGAGUUCAAACCAGUUGAACACCCGACUGAGCCUCUACAUAAUGAUCGGCCAAUUCUAUGUCCAUUACCAGAACCUUCAAUAUUGAAUGAUGGGAGAAUAUGGAAGGAGCGAGUGUCUGCAGUGCGAAGAAGGGCUGAUAUUCCUGUUGUGCAGGAAGGAACAACUGCAGGGUCUGAGGCUGCUGGAACAAAACCUAGACCAUCGAUGAAUCGGGUUAUUCUUCCGUCAAUCAGUGCACCUGAACACAGUAUCCUCAAACUACUGGAGGAAUCUGGAAUCUAGCUGAUGCAUUGCUGAACCUGUCUCAGAGUACACUUGUUAUACCAGAUAAACCUGAUGAAAUUUCAUAUUUUACUUCUUUCCAAGUUUCUCUUCUUGCUUCCAAUGAAAUGUUUGUAAUUCAAUUUUAUAGGAAAUUUCACACAUUUGAGUGUAAAUAUUUCUUCUCAUACUGAUUGAAAUAUAGUUUCCAAUUGCUCA